CCAGUGACCUUACUCAAAACCAGAACCCUACUCUCUGAUGCCUUCAUUCCUAAUUACAGAAGCCAGGAAAACCAAGAUAAACAUUUGUGGCGAGUUUCACUCAUCAACAAAAAAACACUGACUAAUAAGAGAGAUAAUGUUUUCAGAAAAACACCCUGUCAAUAUGACUUACAUGGAAUGAAUUUGAAAAAUGUUUCAGAAUCCAUUAUUAGUGAUAAAAAUCAUUCAAGUAAGAACUCUAAUGAAAUUAAUGCAUGUGGGAAGUUGCUUCUUGAUAAUAAUCAAGAAAAUACUCAUCCUGGAAAGAAAUCUGAUGAACAUAACCAAGAUGGAAAAUCUCUAAGUCAUAAUGAGGACCCUACUGGGCAACAGAAAAUUCAGCCUCUGGGACCACCUGUUGAAGGUCAUGAAUGUGGUGCAGCUGUCCUUACUGAGGCAGCCAUCAUCACACCUCAGAGGACCCAAACUGAAGGGAAGCCCCAGGAUUAUAAGGAACAGGGGGAAAAUACCAGUGACAAGUCAACCCUUAAAGUCCAGCAGGAAAUUCACACAAGGGAGAAUCAUUCUGAAGUUAAUAAGCAUGAGAAGUCAACCCUCUUUAAACAUCAGGAAGUUAAUGUGGAGGAGGAAACCCACGAAUCAAAUGAAAAUGAUAAUUCCAGCAAGAAGUCCCAUCUCACUCAACUUCAUAAAACUCACAUGGGAGGGAGAACGUUUGAAUGCAGUCACUGCAAGAAAUCUUUUUACCAGGAAUCCCACCUCACUCAACAUCAGAAGACACACACAAGAGAGGAACAAUGUGAAAGUAAUAAAUGUGGGAAAACCUUCCAGAAAUCACAGCCCACUGACCCUCAGAAAACUCACACAGGAGAGAAACCCCAUGAAUGUGAUAAAGCCCCUGAAAAGUCGGCCAUUACUGACCAGCAGAGGACACAGUCAGAAAAGAAGCUUCAUGUAUGUAAUGAAUGCAAGAAAUCUUUUCGUCAUAGCUCAGCCCUAAACGUCCAUCAGAGAAUUCACACAGGAGAGAAGCUCUAUCAAUGUAAGGAUUGUGGAAAGUCCUUCUAUGCAAAAUCAAACUUCAGCCAUCAUCAGAGAACUCACACAGGGGAGAAACCAUAUGAAUGUAAGGAUUGUGUGAAAUCAAACCUAACUAAGCAUCAGAAAACGCAUACAGGGGAGAAACCUUUCAAAUGCAAUGAAUGUGGGAAAACUUUCUCACAGAAGUCACAAUUUGCUGAUCAUCAGAGAACACACACAGGGGAGAAGCCCUAUGAAUGUAAGACAUGUGGGAAAUCCUUCUGUAUGAAGUCAACACUCAUGGUGCACCAGUGAACACACAUGGGGGAGAAGCCCUAUGAAUGUAAUGAAUGUGGGGGAAAGCCUUCUGCAAGAAGUCAACUCUCACUAAACAUGAGGUAAUUCACACAAGAGAGAUACGCAAAGUGGCAACAAAUGUGGAAAAUACUCCUGUGUAAAGUCAGAUUUUGUCACACCUGAGAGAACUCAGAGAAGAAACUGUAAGCUCUCUUAUAUCAGAGGACUUGUUAGGAGAGAGAUUCCCUGAGAACGUUAUUAGUAUCCACCUACAGAUCCGCUAUACACUUCAGAGAAAUCACAGGGGAAAGGCAUCAGAAGUAUUAAAGCAUUUACAAAGUCACAACUUAACUGAACAUCAGAUAAUUGAUAUUGGAGUGAAACUGUAAAACGUUUUAUGUACAAGUGUUCAAGAAGAAAACCAAACUUUAUUAUAUAAGGAGUAAAUACUGAGGGGAAAUCUAUCAAUUUAGGAAAUACGGAUACAUUUUUUUCCCUCCAGAAAUAAUGUAAUACUGGAAGUCAUGAUUCUCGUGUGGUACCAACUUUUGAAAAUGACCUAAGAUCUGUCUAAUGCCAAUGAUACUCGUUUUGUAAUAUGAAGCCUUUGGAAACACAGGUUGCAGUGGCAGACUGACAGCAUUAGACACGUGAAGUGUACCUGAGGUAAGAAGGCUUAGGCGUGUUAGCAACAUACCUAUGUUGUGUGUUUGAUUUACAUGGUGGAUGUCAAAAUAGUUGUCAGUAGGAGAUCUCUCCCCAUAGCUUAAUAAUUAUGAUAGAGUUCUCACAGUAAAUGACACCAGUGUUUGUAUUUUGGUAUACAGUAUACAUUUUAAGUGAAAUACCUGACAGAUUUGAAGUCCUGUACCACAACAUAUUAUUGAGAAAAUCAAAGUAUAGAAAACUAUCCAGCCUGCUACCUUUUGUGUAAGAAUUGAGAGGAUUCUCACACAUACACACAAUUAACUUAUUUUUGCAAAGGAAAACACUAGAAGGAUAAACUACAAAAUAUUAAAUACCUGUGAAGGCAGAAGUGAACAGGAGGGUAGAGUUAAGGGUGGAAGCAAGUUUUCUUUGAUUUUACCUUUUUAUGAAAUUUUGACUUUUGAACAAAUGUAAAUUAUUUAUAUAUUCAAAAGUAAAAAUAAAAGAUUCUGAAAUUGAAAACAAAUCAACUUAAUAUCAAAUUGGCAACUCAACCACACAAAAGAAAUAAUUAUUUGAAACUUCUGAACUCCAUAUCAUGACUCUACACCCUUAAUGGGAUGUGUUUAAGGACAAAAAGAUGUGUAAAAAAUUAUAAAAUCAUCAAUUUUCUUCUUAAUAAUACUGGUAUUUAUUUGAAUCUAUUUUGUAUAUAUUGUAGGAUAAAGCAAAAAUAAAUUAUUAAAGUUAUUAGGAAUCAAAACUUCCAGUUUAAAAGAGACAACCAUAAAAAUCAAAGAAUUUAUGUAAAACUCUCUAUAAUGAUAAAAUACAUAUUGAAAAUAUUGCUCAUUAAAAAAAUUAUGUAUUUCAUAGCUCUCUCCAGCAUUGCCCCCUCCAAGGCACCAGGACUCCCUGGAGAAAGAGCUGAGUCUAGGUCUGGGCCCUGAGUGUCCAGGGUGAGCCUGGGACAUCUUGGUCAAAAACCAAGGAAGCACACGAACGUCAAUGGGGAUGUGUCAGAGGUCAAAUGUGAGGUAAUUUGGUGGUCAGACAAAAUGACUAUCACAUUUGAAUAAACAAAAAUCUGAGACUGCAGCUCAGUUCAUUUCCACCAUUGGAGGCAAAUCUUAAACUCCUUACUCUGUAAUUAGAAGAACUAGGUUUUCACCUUGUCCUUUUAGUAGGAGCAGCUUUUCAUCUCCAGUUGUGGGAAGACUUCUGUUGUAGAAAAAUGCCAGCUCAUAAAUGUAGAAGGACUGACUGCUAAUUUGCAACCUCUGGUGCAUCUAGAUCAUUAGAUGGAAAGGAAGUGGUAUUUGUUUAGAGCCAGAGUGUCCCCCACAGACAUCUUACACGCUGAAGCUGGGAAAAGUGAACCUUGACAAUUGAAUGAUUGCCCCACUUUAACCAAGUGAUCAAAUGAGCAGCAGUGACAUUAUGUCUUUUGAUUAGAUGUAAUAUGAAGUACUUAUAUUGCACCGUGGAGUACUCUUACCAAAAUAUUUAAUGUGAAUCUAAUCAAG